CCCUUUCCGCGGGGCGGCCCCGCCCCGGCCUCCGCGCGGGCAGCUUCGGUCCGCUCUGCCGCGGGGCGCUCUGCCGCUCCGCUCCCGCCGUCGCCCCGAGGCCCCGCCGCCGCGCCCCUUUCCGCGCCCACACAAUAUGAUCCUGUGGCACAAGAUCUUUUCCUGUUGUUUCCAGUCGAUAUCCUCUCUUUACUGAAAGAUUGAAACAAAAUCUACUAGAUUUGCUGCUGUUUUCUACCUACAAUCAACUAAGCUGAGAUCAAUGGCCACAGAUGUCUUCAAUUCCAAAAGUUUGGCCAUUCAGGCCCAGAAGAAGAUCCUUGGAAAAAUGGUGUCGAAAUCAAUAGCAACUACUUUGAUAGAUGACACAAGCAGUGAUGUUUUAGAUGAGCUCUACCGAGUGACAAAGGAAUACACACAAAAUAAAAAGGAAGCAGAGAAGAUCAUUAAAAACCUCAUUAAAAUAGUCCUCAAAUUGGCAAUUCUCUACAGGAACAACCAAUUUAAUCAGGAUGAAAUAGCCUUGAUGGAAAAAUUCAAGAAGAAAGUACAUCAGCUGGCUAAGACCGUGGUCAGUUUCCAUCAGGUGGAUUAUACCUUUGACAGGAAUUUUUUGUCCAAACUGUUAAAUGACUGUAGAGAGCUACUUCAUCAAAUCAUUCAGCGUCACCUAACCGCAAAAUCACAUGGACGUGUCAACAAUGUGUUUGAUCACUUCUCUGAUUGUGAAUUUUUGGCUGCCUUGUACAAUCCCUUUGGACCUUAUAAACUCCAUUUGCAGAAACUUUGUGAUGGUGUCAACAAAAUGCUAGAUGAGGGGAACAUAUAAGUACUUGGAUUAAAGUUGACUGCCCAUGUAUUACUUGUAGAUGGAACACUGCUGAUUUAUGAAGGAAUAAGGGAGCAAGCAAAAGGGUUUUUUUGGGUUUUUUUUGUUUUGUUUUUUUUAAGAUGAGUAUUUCAAAAAGAUCUUUAUUAAAUUGAUUCCUUAUCAUCAGCUAUCUGUUGCUAUGCACAGUCCGCCUGGAAGAAAGACUGCACAUGUAACUGUCUUACUGUGCCUUGCCUAUGGAAACAGCUGGAUAAAGACAGUAAAAUAGAACUGUCCAAGUAGAGCAAGACUCUUGCAAGAUAGCGACACGAAACAAAACAAUGUGUUGCCAGACAAUCUGAAUCUUGUCUCUUUUAUUUACAGAAAUGUUUCUAAACUAUCAGUCCAAUAUUGUUGGUAACAGACUAUCACGGUGAUGGUACACUCUAUAAUUUCUUUGACUUACUUGUAAAAUAUAUAUUUGAUUGAUUUAUAGUCUUUUAUGCUCUCUGCACAGAUCACAGCUUCCUAGUGCUGCCCUUAUGAACCAUUCAUUUUUUGAAUACUCAGAUCAGUGAUGCUGUCUCAUAAAGUCUGAACUGGCUUGUUCGUCUGCAGGCUAGUGAUGAAAACUGUAUAUGUCUGCCUACCAAGUGAUCCUUACAGAUUUACACAGAUGCCUGUUUCCUUUGAUUAUUUCAGGAAUGAUAACCUACAGUAAAACAGCCUGACUGGGAAAAAGUAUUCCCUAGAAAACAUCUGCAGUGCAUAAUUUUAAACUCUGCCUAUAAAAUUGAAAGGUAAAACACAAUGACUAAUCUAUGCAAUUUACUAUGAUAUUUUUCUAAUAUGUCCUUAUUAUUUUGAAAAGGUGUGGGUGAGUGUAUUUUAUACAUUAGCCUGAUGUGUAUGAUGAUGUGAAUUCAGAAAGCUUAAACAUCUGAAAAUAAAUUCCAAGCCAGUUUGCCAUGUGUAUAAUGAAUCUAGAAACAGAAAUUAAUUUUGUCAUUGGCUUACAUGCUAUUUAACUAAUGCAAAAGUGUCAUCUUGAAUCACUUUUUUUUUUCUUUUCUUUUCUCCUCUCCUACCUGUCACCCUUCUUUUUCUCCCUCUUCUCUGUGCCUUGCCCUUAAGGAAAAAAAUGUGACUUUCUAGACACUGUAAUGUGCUUAAAAGCAUGAAGUUAAUACAUUUCAAACAUCUGAAGACUUUUUGUUAGGAAGCAUUUAAAGAAUUUGCAGUUUAUUUAAUUGCCAAUGUUUUUGCUGUUUGCUGUCUCUUUUUGUUUUAAUGAGUAAACCAAAGAAUAUUUGCACUCCAAA